UUUUUACGGAAACGGGCGGGGUGGUGCACAGGUACUGUGAAAUCUCGAAGCUCGCUCUCGUCUGGCGGAGUUAUUACUUUUUCAGUAAGCAAUUAUGGCGGCCGCGGAUCCCUGGUCCUCGAGUGACGGCGGGCCUGCAAGCAGAGGAGGGUUCCCGGAUGGUGAGAACAGCAACGAGCGCGAUGGCCCGGGAGGAAGCGGCGAAGAGACAGAACGCAAGCCAGAUCGGGCCACAUUCGAAUGCAACAUUUGUUUGGACACAGCAAGGGACGCUGUCAUCAGUUUGUGCGGGCACUUGUUCUGCUGGCCCUGCCUUCAUCAAUGGUUGGAGACGCGACCCAGCCAACAGCAGUGUCCUGUGUGUAAAGCAGGCAUCAGCAGAGAGAAAGUCAUCCCCCUCUACGGCAGAGGGAGCUCCAGCCAAGAGGACCCCAGGUUGAAAACCCCGCCUCGUCCUCCGGGACAGAGAACAGAGCCAGAGAGCAGAGGGCCCUUCCAGGGGUUCGGGGACAAUGGCUUCCACAUGUCCUUUGGGAUCGGUGCUUUCCCUUUCGGCUUCUUCACCACAGUUUUCAACACCAAUGACCCCUACCACAGAGCAGACGCAUAUGCAGCCGAUCACCAAGGCAACGGCAACAACUGGCAGGACUCUCUCUUCCUGUUCGUGGCCAUAUUCUUCUUCUUCUGGCUGCUGAGCGUGUAAGGGAGCGGGAGGGAAAGGAAAGGUGCUCACACUCAUACACACGUCAAAACACCAGAAAUUACCCACUUACUCAAUAGUGGCUGAGUGUCUGUGGGUUUAUGCUCUUCCUUUGUACUCGAUUGAUGGAUUAAGGUCACUAAUUAGGAAAUAACUCCCCACACCUGCUGUCUAGGUCUUUAUUUAAAGGAAAAAACAAAAACCCGAAGACACCAGGCCCUCCAUGAAAUAUUUGACACCUCUGCUUUAGACUAUAGACGGAUGGUGGUGGGAUGACUGGCAGUUCUCUUAGCAAGAGAUAUCUAGUUCAGGAAACACAAACCAGUCAAAGAUUUGUGUAUCCAAAUGAUUUACGAGACUCACUUGGAUAGGGAGAGUACACAGACACCACUGGUGGUGGAUGAUACCCAAGCGUGAGGGUGAGUAAAACGAACACACUAUCGCCCCCUUUCUGUGGAAUUUGUACAUAAAUGCACACACACACACACACACAGGGGUGGGGGCUGGCUGACUUUUUUAGGAAUGGGACUAGUGGUAGUCAAAAUUAAAUUAUUGGAAUGAUUUAAUAGUAAAUUAGGGGAUGAUCUAAGUAAUUUUACUGCACCACAAAACCUAUGUAACAUGUGGUUAACGUAGAACUAUUUAGACAAAAUGGAAUUACUUGUUUUUGCCCCUUGAAGGAAUUUCAGGUUUAAUUCCCCAAAUAUUAGAGCUUGUUUGAGUUGUAAGGGAGGGUGAGAAUGGGAUUUACCUGAUAACGUUUUUCUUUAAUCACUAUAGCCACUUUUUUUCCAAGCCAAAGAGUAACGUAUCACCGUCAAGUACAAUUUGGGGAAAAUGUAUUUGGAUAUUCCUGUUUACAAUUUAACCGAUUGAAUAAUUUGUCCGUAGAUUUACAAACCAAAUUUGAACAUUCUUCAGACUAGUGUACAGAUGGAUACACUAACAACUUUAUAUAUAAUCUUAACAAACUGCCAUUGCACUGUGAAGUCAUAUAGAGAAGACAGACCUAAUAAUGUGGAUUAGAGCUACAGUGUAUUCAGGCCCCUUCACCUUUUCCACAAUUUGUUAGCCUUGUUCUAAAAUAGAUUCAAUUAUUUUUCUCAAUCUACAGUCGUGGCCAAAAGUUGAGAAUGACACAAUUAUUAAUUUUCACAAAGUUUACUGCUUCAGUGUCUUUAGAUAUUUUUUGUCAGAUGUUACACUGAAGUAUAAUUACAAGCAUUUCAUAAGUGUCAAAGGCUUUUGACAAUUAUAUGAAGUUGAUGCAAAGAGUCAAUAUUUGCAGUGUUGACCCUUUUCCAAACCUCUGAAAUCCGUACUGGCAUGCUGUCAAUUAACUUCUGGGCCACAUCCUGACUGAUGGCAGCCCAUUCUUGUAUAAUCAAUGCAUGGAAUUAGUCUGAAUUUGUGGGGUUUUGUUUGUCCACCCGCCUCUUGAUGAUUGACCACACGUUCUCAAUGGGAUUAAGGUCUAGGGAGUUUCCUGACCAUGGACCCAAAAUAUAGAAUGUUUUGUUACCCAAGCCACUUAGUUAUCCCUUUUCAUUAUGACAAGGUGCUCCAUCAUGCUGGAAAAGGCAUUGUUCGUCACCAAACUGUUCCUGGAUGGUUGGGAGAAAUUGCUCUCGGAGGAUGGGAUGGUACCAUUCUUUAUUCAUGGCUGUGUUCUUAGGCAAAAUUGUGAGUGAGCCCACUCCCUUGGCUGAGAAGCAACCCCACACAUGAAUGGUCUCAGGAUGUUUUACUUUUGGUAUGACACAGGACAGAUGGUAGCACUCACCUUGUUUUCUCCAGGAUUCCCCCCAAAAAAUCGGAAAGGGGAUUCAUCAGAGAAAAUGACUUUACCCCAGUCCUCAGCAGUCCAAUCCCUGUACCUUUUUGCAGAAUAUCAGUCUGUCCCUGAUGUUUUCCCUGGAGAGAAGUGGCUUCUUGACACCAGGCCAUCCUCCAAAAGUCUUCGCCUCACUGCGUGCAGAUGCACUCACACCUGCCUGCUGCCAUUCCUUAGCAAGCUCUGCAAUGGUGGUGCCCCGAUCCCGCAGCUGAAUCAACUUUAGGAGACGGUCCUGGCGCUUGCUGGACUUUCUUGGGCGCCCUGAAGCCUUCUUCACAACAAUUGAACCGCUCUCCUUGAAGUUUUUCAUGAUCCGAUAAAUGGUUGAUUUAGGUGCAAUCUUACUGGCAGCAAUAUCCUUGCCUGUGAAGCACUUUUUGUGCAAAGCAAUGAGGACGGCACGUGUUUCCUUGCAGGUAACCAUGAUUGACCGAGGAAGAACAAUGAUUCCAAGCACCGCCUUCUUUUUGAAGCUUCCAGUCUGUUAUUCAAACUCAAUCAGCAUGACAAAGUGAUCUCCAGCCUUGUCCUCGUCAACACUCACACCUGUGUUAACGAGAGAAUCACUGACAUGAUGUCAGCUGGUCCUUUUGUGGCAGGGCUGAAAUGCAGUGGAAAAGUUUUUGGGGGAUGCUGUUCAUUUGCAUUGCAAUUCAUCUGAUCACUCUUCAUAACAUUCUGGAGGAUAUGCAAAUUGCCAUCAUGCAGACUGUGAAAAUUAAUGUCAUUCUCAAAAGUUUUGGCCACGACUGUACACACAUUACCCCAUAAUGACAAAGCAAAAACAUUUUAGAAAUGUUUGCAAAUUUAUUAAAGAAAAAAAGUAUUACAUUUACAUAAGUAUUCAGACCCUUUACUCAGUAGUUUGUUGAAGCACCAUGGAAUAUUUGACACCUCUUGUGUUUUGUCCAUCAUAUUAAAGGGAUACUUCGAGUGUUCUUGGGUAUGACGUUACAAGCUUGGCACACCUGUAUUUGGGGAUUCUUCUCUGCAGAUCCUCUCAAGAUCCAGGUUGGAUGGGGCGCAUCGCUGCACAGCUAUUUUCUGGUCUCCAGAAUUGCUCAAUCAGGCUCAAGUCAGGGCUCUGGCUGGGCCACUCAAGGACAUUCAGAGACUUGUCCCAAAGCCAGUCCUGCAUUGUCUUGGCUUUGUGCUUAGGGUUGUUGUCCUGUUGUAAGGUGAUCCUUUGCCCCAGUCGGAGGUCCUGAGCGCUCUGGAGCAGGUCUUCAUCAAGGAUCUCUGUACUUUGCUCGGUUCAUCUUUCCCUCGAUCCUGACUAGUAUCUCAGUCCCUAAUGCUGAAAAAUAUUACCACAGCAUGAUGCUGCCACCACCAUGCUUCAACAUAGGGAUGGUGCAGGGUUUCCUCCAGACAUGUCGCUUGUCAUUCAGGCCAGAGAAUCUUGUUUCUCAUGGUCGGUCUGAGGUGCCUUUUUGGCAAACUCCAAACGGGCUGUCCUGUGCCUUUUUCUGAGGAGUGGCUUCCGUCUGGCCACUCUACCAUAAAGGCCUGAUUGGUUGAGUGCUGCAGGGAUGGGAGACCCUUCCAGAAGGACAACCAUCUGCACAGAGGAACUCGGGAGCUCUGUCGGUGACCAUCGGGUUCUUGGUCUCCUCCCUGACCAAGGCCCUUCUCGCCCGAUUACUUAGUUUGGCGACAAGCUCUAGGAAGAGUCUUGGUGGUUCCAAACUUCUUCCAUUUAAGAAUGAUGAAGGCCACUGUGUUCUUGAGGACCUUCAAUGCUGCAGACAUGUUUUGGUACCCUUCACCAGAUCUGUGCCUCGACACAAUCCUGUUUCGGUGCUCCACGGACAGUUCCUUCAACCUCCUGACUUUGUUUUUGCUCUGACAUGUACUGUCAACUGUGGGACCUUUUUAUAUAGACAGAUGUGUGCCUUUCCAAAUCAUGUCCAAUCAAUUGAAUUUACCACAGGUGGACUCCAAUAAAGUUGUAGAAACAAAGGAUGAUCAAUGAUUUGAGUCUCAUAGCAAAGGGUUUGAAUGUUUUGGUUUUAUGGAAUAGUUGCCAAAAUUUCUAAACCUGUUUUUGCUUUGUCAUGGGUUAUUGUGUGUAGAUGAGGAAAAUGUAAUUUUUAUCAAUUUUAGAAUAAGGCUGUAACAAAAUAUGGAAAAGGGGAAGGGGUCUGAAUAUUUUCCAAAUGCACACGAUUUAAGAGUUCUUUAUCAUAUAGGUUAAGACAAACUAUUGUAUAGAGUCAUGAGGAUAGUGUAUGGAAGGCUGGAGUGGGCAGUAUUGUAUUGUGUACAGUUGUGCUUUGUGGAGAAUUGGCCACAUAUAAGCAAAUAGUUCAACAUUUAAAUCUACAAAGCAAAAUGAGCUGAAUACACAGGAUCAUUCAAUCUGGAUUAAAUGUUCUGAAAAACUGGCCCUGGGGUUUUUGUUGCUGGGCACUGUGCUGCACAGGAAAAGAUGACAGCAGGGUCACGUUCAUUAAAAAAACAUUUUGCAACACGUUUUUUGGACAAAUUCAGACUGUUUCCGCUUUGUGCCUACUGAACACAGCCCAGGUGCAGAAGUCAAUACAGUGUUUGCCAGAGCCUUUUUGACUCAAGUCAGAAUGAGUAUUUAUCAUUAUAUGCAGCCAAGAAAAUAACAUGCGGUGAGAAACAUGAACUGUUCCCAAUGUGACAUGGACUAUUAUCAUAUUUCUAUUGCAAUGAGUGUUUCUCUUGAUUGUGUUUAUCGGUCUGUGUAUACAUUUGUAUAUAUGAAUAUUGUAAAUGCUGUUUUUUCCUUUUUCUGAACGACCAGCCAUGGGAUUGAGAAAUGUGAGAGACCUCGGGUUUAACCAGGCAACCUGACAUGUGGCGGAGUCCCCCUCUUCCACUCGUGAAAGACAAGUUACUCUUUUGUACAACGCUCACUGAAUGGUACAAUCUAUUGCAUAUGAUGCACAUAUGAGCCAACCAGACGCGAGUGAGCAGUGUAUGAAAAGGAAACUAACUUCCAUUUCACCCUACCCAUUUAAUUAUGAUAAACUCCUGUGAAGUAUAUGAAAUGGGCUCAAGAUCAAGUGUCCAAGAACUCUGUAGCACCUUACUAAACAACACCAGCCAUGCAAGGGGUUGAGAAAAGGAAGGGCACAAAAGGGGUAGGGGGGGGUGUACAGGUUGUCAUUUCUUGCAUAUUACUGUCUGAUCAAGCUAAGCAUUUGUAUUAGGAGUUUAUUUUUGACCAAAAAAAAAUGAAAUUACAUUUGUAUUUUGUCUUGUGCAAGACAACAGUGAGACAUUGUGCAAAACCAAAUGGUCACAGCAGGAAAACAAUUUCCAAAGCUGUCUGAAUAAAUAGUUGUUUAAUACA